UUUCUAGUUAUAUGUGUAUUUGGCCCCCAUCCCGCUCUCCUCCUUAGAGCAAAAGGUUAUGAUAGGCCUUUUAUUUUCACGAUACUCUCUCCCCUCACAGACUCUGAGGAGCGGUCAGGGAGGGAGCAGAGCUAACAGCAGGAUGUGUUUGGACGGAGGCCAGUUUGUUAGCAUAGUGAGGCUUACCCUCACAGAUCAAAUCAUAACUCUGGCACAACUCUGACAUAAACACCUCCAUCAUUGGCAGGGCACUGCUCUGAGACAAGUCUCCUAUAAGGCACAGUAUGCAUGCAUCCCAUUAAUUAAACAAUUUCACGACUUCAAACGACUUUUUAUUUUUUACGGGUUAAUUAACUUUAAAAAGAAAAACAAAUCCUGUACGAAAAUAAAUUGUUCCAUCUAGACAGUUUAUAUUUGGUUGAUAAAUGACCCAAAGUUAAAGCUUUGACUUUAUUCUUCCCAAUUUAGCUCUGGCCAUUUUGACCCUUUUAAUCCCCUUCCUCCAUUACAUUGCUCUUCAAACCAGUUAUAGGCACACCAUGACAGGUGGAGAAACUCUGAGCACAGUAACCACCACUGCUUAAUGGGACAUUGUUCACCUUUAUCUGUUAGGUUUUCAGGGUUCUCCCCAGGCCUUUUCUGCUGGGUGGGCCACCGCCCAGCUGAUAAACCUUGAGCCGCCCUUCUUGCAGAUGCUACUGUGCCUUUAACGAUAAGGAUUGAUUGUGCUGCUAGCAGACUAGAUAACUUGUGCACACUGGGUACAGCUGUGUUGCUGUGUUACGUCUUGACACUACAUUUAACCAAUCAGAGUACAAGGGGUGGGUUUUGCGUUUUAAGCACGUCGCAAGGCUGAAAUGUUAAAAUUACUGCUAAAAAAAUAAAUGUUUAUUUUCGAAGCAAAAAAUAUGAAUGAAUGUGGAAAUUACCAAACCAAAAUGGAUGAUGAAAAAGAAAAAGAAAAUCUAGAAAACGAAAAACAGCAACCCGAUAUAGAUAACGAAGAGUAACUUAUAGAAAGCGAAUUGAAAGAAUCGCAAGAGGGGCCAGUGCGUAAAAAAUAGAAACAUUGUGAUAGUGGGUAUAAUGUUAUGUGGGGAGAAAAAUGGAAAUGGCUUUUUUUACAGCAAAGAAUUGGGUGGUAAUUGGUAUGAUGUGCAAACUCUACCAGAAACACAAAAAAGGUCACAAAGGAUCAGGGGGUAAGUGGAGCAGUGGAGCCUGGGUAUCAUUCAUUAUAAAACGGAAUGUUUGGAUGCUGCACGCUGAUUGGCUGUUGAGGAUUUUUUUACCCUGCAGUUAAAUAGUACAAUGCACGGCGGAACUUAUUUUUUGCCGAAGCACAGUUCGAUUAAUAAAUUAUCAAUACACAACGUAUUAAACUCGCAACAAAUAUACACAUUGUUGUGAGAGGUCUAAAGUUUUUAAAAAUGAGUGACGUUCCUUUCAUCACAUUUUAUUUUUUUGGAGCAUGACAGUAGACAAGUGGCUGGAAUUACAAGAAGCAAAACCUACAUUAAAAUUUAAGCCUGGGUCGGCUCUCUGUCAAUGGGAAUGGUCUUCUUCUGUUCCCCCAUCGUCAGUGUGUUCACAGACCUGUACGGGUGCCGGAAGACUGCCGUGGUUGGAGCUGCUGUUGGUUUAGUUGGUCUCCUUGCUAGCUCUUUUGUCCGUACGCUGGGUCCCCUGUACUUUACUUAUGGGAUAGUAUUUGCCUGCGGCUGCUCCUUUGCUUACCAGCCCUCCCUGGUGAUCCUGGGACACUACUUUAAGAAGCGUCUGGGCCUGGUGAAUGGCAUUGUGACAGCUGGCAGCAGCGUGUUCACUAUCACCCUGCCCAGUCUCCUCUCCUUCCUGCUGAACCGGCUGGGCCUGCACAACACCUUCCGCAUCAUCAGCAUCUUCAUGUUCAUACUCAUGCUGGUCGUCUUCACCUACAAGCCCCUGAUGCCUGAGCCCAGGUCCCCCCAGACGGGCAGGGCUCUGCGUUUGAGCAAGAUCUUCAACUUCAACAUCUGGAAGUCCGUGGAGUACCGGAUUUGGGCGCUGGGAAUCCCAGCUGGGCUUUUUGGAUACUUUGUGCCUUACGUCCAUUUAAUGGCUUUUGUGGAAGAAAGCUUUGGCACAGAUGUAAACAAAGAGAUUCUCUUGAUAUGCAUCGGAAUCACCUCGGGAGUCGGCCGCUUGUUCUUCGGGAGAGUUGUUGACUCUGUUCCCGGUGUGAAUAAAGUCUACCUGCAGGUGUCCUCGUUCUUAGUAAUCGGGGUGAUGUCCAUGAUGAUCCCGCUGUGCCAGGUCUUCGGUGGUCUCAUUGCCGUCUGCCUGCUGAUGGGUCUCUCCGACGGGUGCUUCAUCUCCAUCAUGGGUCCCAUUGCCUUUGAGCUGGUUGGGUCUCAGAAUGCUUCCCAGGCUAUCGGCUUCCUUUUGGGGAUGAUGUCACUGCCCAUGAUUGUCGGCCCCCCUGUUGCAGGCUUGCUGCGCGACAAACUCGGCACCUACAAGGAGGCUUUCUACCUGGCAGGGAUCCCUCCCAUCAUAGGUGGGCUUGUGCUGUGCUUCAUCCCGUAUGUGGAGCGCAGGAAGCAGCAGCAGCAGCAGCAGCAGCAGGACAAAAUGCUGGAUGGUAAAGCCAACAGUGUCCUUCAGCCCUUCAAUGCCCAUGAAGACAAGAAGGAACUGGAGUGUUCAAUAUGAAUAAAUCAAAUAAAGACUUAAGGUUUAAUAUCUCACAAGCUGAUACACACACACACACACACACACACACACACACACACACACACACAUAUAUAUAUAUAUACAGACGUGCUCAAAUUUGUUGGUACCCCUCCACAAAAAACGAAGAAUGCACAAUUUUCUCUGAAAUAACUUGAAACUGACAAAAGUAAUUGGCAUCCACCAUUGUUUAUUCCAUAUUUAAUAGAAAUCAGACUUUGCUUUUGAUUUUUUAUUCAACAUAAUAUUGUAAAUAAUAAAACAAAUGAAAAUGGCAUGGACAAAAAUGAUGGGACCGCUAACCUAAUAUUUUGUUGCACAACCUUUAGAGGCGAUCACUGCAAUCAAACGUUUUCUGUAGCUCUCAAUGAGACUUCUGCACCUGUUAACAGGUAGUUUGGCCCACUCUUCCUGAGCAAACUGCUCCAGCUGUCUCAGGUUUGAUGGGUGCCUUCUCCAGACGGCAAGUUUCAGCUCUUUCCAUAGAUGUUCGAUAGGAUUCAGAUCAGGACUCAUAGAAGGCCACUUCAGAAUAGUCCAAUGUUUUGUUCUUAUCCAUUCUUGGGUGCUUUUAGCUGUGUGUUUUGGGUCAUUAUCCUGUUGGAGGACCCAUGACCUGCGACUGAGACAGAGCUUUCUGACACUGGGCAGUACGUUUCGCUCCAGAAUGCCUUGAUAGUCUUGAGAUUUCAUUGUGCCCUGCACAGAUUCUAGGCACCCUGUGCCAGGCGCAGCAAAGCAGCCCCAAAACAUAACCGAGCCUCCUCCAUGUUUCACUGUAGGUAUGGUGUUCUUUUCUUUGAAAGCUUCAUUUUUUCGUCUGUGAACAUAGAGCUGAUGUGACUUGCCAAAAAGCUCCAGUUUUGACUCAUCUGUCCAAAGGACAUUCUCCCAGAAGGAUUGUGGCUUGUCAAUAUGCAUUUUAGCAAAUUCCAGUCUGGCUUUUUUAUGUUUUUCUUUCAAAAGUGGAGUCCUCCUGGGUCUUCUUCCAUGGAGCCCACUUUCGCUCAAAAAGCGACGGAUGGUGCGAUCAGAAACUGACGUACCUUCACCUUGGAGUUCAGCUUGUAUCUCUUUGGCAGUUAUCCUUGGUUCUUUUUCUACCAUUCGCACUAUCCUUCUGUUCAAUCUGGGGUCGAUUUUCCUCUUGCGGCCGCGCCCAGGGAGGUUGGCUACAGUUCCAUGGACCUUAAACUUCUUAAUAAUAUUUGCAACUGUUGUCACAGGAACAUCAAGCUGCUUGGAGAUGGUCUUGUAGCCUUUACCUUUACCAUGCUUGUCUAUUAUUUUCUUUCUGAUCUCCUCAGACAACUCUCUCCUUUGUUUUCUCUGGUCCAUGUUCAGUGUGGUGCACACAAUGAUACCAAACAGCACAGUGACUACUUUUCUCCAUUUAAAUAGGCUGAAUGACUGAUUACAAGAUUGGAGACAUGUGUGAUACUAAUUAAAGAAACUAAUUAGUUUGAAAUAUCACUAUAAUCCAAUUAUUUAUUAUCUUUUCUAAGGGGUACCAACAAAUGUGUCCAGGCCAUUUUAGAAUAUCUUUGUAGAAUAAGCAAUAAUUCAUCUCUUUUCACAGCUUCUUUGCUUUAUUCUAUGACAUACCAAAGGCAUGCAAGUAUACAUGAUAAAAUGGCUUUUAAUUUCAUCACUUUUCAGGAGGAAUGAAGCAUUAUUUCAAUGAGCUGUAAGGGUACCAACAAAUUUGAGCAUGUCUGUAUAUACAGGUAUAUAUAUAUAUAUAUA